AUGUCUCAUUCGGACUCUCAUCGUCCACCCAUCCAAGAUGCCCCGUCAACUCCCCCUCUCAAGCAAACUCCUCCGCCUGCUUCCGACCAAACCUACACCGAGGAUUCCAAGUCGCGAGACCAAGGCAGUCUCAGUAAUCUUCCAGAAACCAAAAGAAUCGACGACCGGAGUCGUCCGAAUGAUCUGAUUCAUGACAAAGUGCAUUCACUUAGCAAGGAUUGGCUGGCUGGUAUCAGGGCCGAUUUCCUUGAAAUCCAAGAGCUCAUGAACACCAACCAGCAGAUCGCCCAAGACUUCAGCGAUUGGGUUGAAGCUGGUGCUGCAAGUGUUUCAACGCAGCCGAUCAACGCGCACAUUUUCAAUCCAUUGACCUUUUGCUGUAUAUACCAGGUCGAUUCGUUGGUCCGUCAGGAGAAAGUAUUGAGGGAAAAGUUGUCGGAUAUACAUUUCCUCGAAACCCAAGCUGGUCGCUACAGAACGAGACCGUAUGCUGAAUUGAGAGUUGAAUCCGUGGCCGAAGCAGAGGCUUCAUGUGUGAAGGUGCGGGGUUUGCCGGAGUACAUAUUCGAACAUUUGAGACUCUUUGCCUUUCCGUCGGCCUCGCCAUCAGGUUCCACUGGUAUUCCGGUGCCGGUCUCGGCCAAGAAUGAAACCAACCACUGCUCCGACUUGCUCGACUUCUCACUACCAAGUCGGCCCCAACCGGUCCACCCAUCACUCCCGCUCCUUCACCUCCUCCAACAUAGAAAACUCAGUCGGCACAACAGCAACAAACCCACAGGUAGGACGGAGGCACCCCCACACAGCCCAGCAGGAGUCAUACUAAUCGUCAGCUAUCGUUCGAUCAGUUGCUAUUCCCUUCUGCUCAUCGGCCCACCCCAAUCAAUCAGGCCGUCGAUCUAUCCGAUCAUCAAUCGCAAAGAACUUCCAGUCAUCUCUCAACCACAGCAGCAGUUCAAACAUCAGAAGUCGCAUCCAUCCCAUCAUCCAUCAACCUCUCAACCAUCAAACUCAAUCCAUUCCCUUUCGAGAUCAUCAUAUAAUACUCAUCACCACUUGUCAAACCCAACUCCGCCCCUCCGAGUCGGCCUACCCGUGAUUUGCGUUGCUCGUGCACAUCAGCCUACUCAUCGUCAUCACCACCACCAUCGGUCAGAUUCGCACCACCAUUCUCAUCUCAAGCAACUCGUCGCCAUCGCCAGUAGGACUGAGAUCAGAAUUCUUGAGCUCAUCAAUCAGAAUCAUUCUCUUCCUUUUGAAUACACCCGUCGCCACCCCCACUCUAGCUUUAGUCCAUCUCCAGGUGCUCAUACCAGGGCCGAAACGCGGCCUUCGUUUCCUUCCCGCUCCCUUGACUCAAGUACCACGUUCGAGGAUCGGCUUGCCAUCAAGACCAAUGCUGAACUUGGGCCAUCUUAUGGGGUCUCCGAUCUGGGCUGGGGUUAUGCUAGUACAGCCUCCCAUUUGGCUACCGGGUGUACGAAUGGUUCUAUCGUCAUCUGGGAUAUCAACCAUCCCAUAACUCAGGAUCCCAUUCAACGUCACCGUUCACUCACUCUCGAUCAUGCGCACAAUCGCGCAAUCAACAAAAUUACGUUUGCUGGACCAACUGGCCAUUGGAUCGCAUCGGGCGGUCAAGAUAGCCUCGUUAAAAUCUGGGAUAUCCGCGAAGGUUCAAGGCCGACGAUGACGCUCACUACUCACACCGAUCCUGUGCGUCAGUUGAGGUUUUUCCCGGACCGAACCGUCAAUCCGUUCGAUUUAUUCGUGCUCACAGACUCUGGAACCCUCUCGCACUUUGAUCUACGUCAAGAAAAGAGUUGCGUCACUCGGCGAGUGGCCCAUGCGUCUACUGGUGUUGGACUAGACUGGCUCAGUGAUGGAUACAAUAGCAUGUUAGCAUCGGCUGGUGCCGACGGGUUUGUCAAAAUUUGGAAUAUGGCCGAGUCUAUCCUUCCAAGCACCGCGAUGCGUACCCUAGUGGUUGGACGGUCGAUUUGUGGUAUGGCGUGGCGUCCAGGAUAUUCUACACAGCUGGCAAUCACUCCAAGUUCAGUCAUGGCCGAUCUGGAACAACACGGCUAUCUAGAUUACGAGCGUGGUCCCAGCUCGGCCAUCAGCUCGAAUUAUUCAGAUGAUCUGAUCCUCAACAAAGGGCUAAGUGCUACCGGUGCUAGCUCAGUGUCGGAUGUUGCAAGCGAAUCUAACCACGCGGGAGGGGGGCGACAUAGUGAAAUCUUACUAUGGGACAUCAGGCGCCCAUAUGUUCCCGAGAUGAUUAUUCGGGGCCGUGACGGGCCUGCUUCCGGUAAUGUUUGGCUCUCGGCUGAUCUCUUGCUGACUAUUCAUAAACGAACUUCAGCCAUUGUGCAACAUGACAUAGGCCAAUCCCAAGCCAAGUACGCCGACGAACUUCCCUCGCAGGCUAUGGCUGUCUCAAAGGAAGGGUCACUAUGUUUUUCUAUGAGCAGCAACAAUGUUGAUAGCCGCUCAAAUGUUGAAGAAGAACCCGGGUCUGCUAUGGUCCACUCGAUCGAUGAACUCCAACCUCCCCACAAAUUCGAGUUCCUCGCUCUAAAUUACAAAUUUGAAGAUGACUCCUUUGAAAGCGUAUGCGAGCACAACGCCAACCUUUGCCGCCGAGUGGGCCAACCCGAGCUGUGGCAGCUAUGGAUGGCAAUCAAACUGUGGUUCACCCCUCAAGUAUCGGCUGCUCUUAUAGUAGCACACGACAUGGCUUUAGGUGCCAAUGGGAAUGACGAACGUGCGGUUGCGAUGGCAAUGCGGAGAGUUUUGAAAGAGGAAAGUAGCGACGAGGGCGAGAUGGAUUAUAAUCAAUCUGGCGGUGACUUUGAAAGCAGCUGCGGCAGACGUUCUCCCAGUCAAGAUCAAGCGUCUCGACAGAAUUCAACUGGUGGAAGUAGAACUUGUAGUGGAGAUAUGCGCUCUAAGAGAGAAGAGUCCCUUGACAGAUCCGAAACUCGCUCUCCUCUCCCAAAAACUGAUCACGACCAAGGGCAUCGCCCAAAGCUUUCGUUGUCAGGUUUAGCCCUGCCCUCCGUACUCGACCCCGGUGAACUAUUGCGGGGAGGACAAUCAUUAAACCGCUCGAGCUCAGCUACAACACCCAAGGCUCAGAUGCGUUCCUUCCUCAACAAUGUCACUUCAAAUACUGCCGUUGAAGGCUCAGCGGAUCCAGCUCGUCGCCGACCAGCUCCGUUGCGAUCUCUAGCCAUUGACUGCGACUCACCAAUAUCAUCUCCAGAUACUGAAGGACCUAGAAGAUCAAUUGCCCACCGGGGAAUCGAGAGAACCCCAGACGGGCGUCUCAACCCUGCUUGGAGAAGAAGCAUGUCGAAGGAUCGUAUUGCAGCCAAGAUGCAUGCUAGAGGAGCCUCGUUUAAUGAACUCGGUAGCUUGAUCCAAGCGAUUGGAGUAGGAAAACUGUUAUCUGAGAAGAAGGGGGAAGAUUGGAAGAAUCAAGAGGAGAAAAUGUCGGUAGAAAUCCAGAUGAGAGAAUCGAUUUUAAAGCUUGUUAAAAAUGAGGUCGAGUUCAACGGGAAUGUUCAAUUAGGAGUCUACGUCAUCGGAGUCCUGAAAGGCUAUCAUCAUGCUCACGAGACUCACGAAGAAGAGUCGAAUCAUCACAAUAACAAUAACCACACCAAAAACGGGUUGCGGGUGAUUGGAAUUGAAAAAGAGUUAUUAGAAGAUCGAUUCAAAAGUUGGGGUAGGGUUUAUCUUAAGUCUUUGACACGGCAUCCUUCGCUUUUGGUGGUCGCCUCGGAAAUCAAAAAAAAGUUUUCCUGCUUGAUUUCCAAAGAACUCGAGGAUCAAUCAUUGAGGAUUUUGAAGCUGAAUCCAACAUGCGGCAAUUGCGGCAAGGUCCUGAUGAACUCGGUCUUACCGAGUCAUCCAUUACCAUCCAUCAACAGUAAUAGCAAUCAGCAAUCCCUAACGAUGAUGAUGAUGUUAAACAAUCAUAAGAAGAAGAUGCUACUGAAUAAUCAUCAGAAUCAGACUAAUAAUAGCCAUAGACAUUUGAAAUGCGACAAAUGUCAAGUUAAUGUCUUGAAAUGUUGUUUUUGCCAUGAAUCGAUUAAGUUCGAGCCAUUGAUAUGGUGCUUGAAGUGUGGACAUGGGAUCCAUUCAAAUUGUUUAAACAGGAUCAAAACUAACACGACAUCUAAAUCAACUGAAGAGGAAGCAGACCCGUCGCAAAACCCUUCGACUCAUCCACUUGGGCUAGAAGCUCCGCAGAACUACCACCCUGGUCCUGAAAGCAUGAAUGCAUUGAGUCGGAAGCCCGAUUCGUUCUCUUCUUCAGCUACCACUGCUACUGUGGCUGAAGUUCACAAUCCAUUCUCUCUAUCUUCUCGGCCAUUGCUUCAAUGCCCCAGCGGCUGUGGCUGCAUUGGUUGCUUUUAUUCUUAUUAG